AUGGAGAAGGAAACUGAUGAUGCUUUGAAGGAAGCAGCACCACGGGCAACAGAGGUAGAAGAGGAAAAGUCGCCAAGCAAGACAGAGCACCAGGAGCAAGAGGAGGCCCCAGUCCCGCCGGAGGAUCAGCCUGAAAGAGAACCUUCUCCAAAGCCGGCGCAUCCACAUGUGGAGAGCCCAGGGCCGACUCAUCCAGCAAAUCGAGAACAUCGUCAUGCAAAUUCAACACCUAAAGUGAAAGCGGUAGAGGAACCUAUUUCAGAGGGGGGCGAGGAAGAGGAAGCCGAAGAGAUGGAAAAUCACAAACAUGCGCAUCCGAAACAAGGCACAAAAUCGGAAGUAAUCAAAUUGCUUUCAUUAAGCAACGAUGCAACGCGGAAGCGAAUGAGACUACAAAUAGAUAGCGUAUUUGAGCAGAGCGAGCCGGAAGAAUCCAACAAGGACAAAUCAAAAGGAGAGGAAGAAGGAGGAGAGCCCAAGGAAGUAGAAGAACACAAUAAAGAAAUGCCCCCAGAGCCACAGGAUGAAACACCGGCUCCCAUAUUACCUCCGGAUCAUCCUCCUCCCAAGCCAAAAAUAGGCGCAGAAGACCUAGAGCCGAACUGGCGGCCAGAAGAAAAACCGCAUGAAGCGACACUAUAUGUUAAUCCACAAUACUCCAACAAAGAAAAAGUAAGAAGCACGUUGCUAGAUCCAGGAAAGGUAUUGAAAGCAAAGGCUGCAUUAUUUUGCAGGAAGAUAUGGUCAAACGCGAAACAAAGAAAGAAGGCCGUACAAGCUCAUGGUACGUAG